CUGGAGCUAAUGUCUGAAUGUCUGAGGGAGAGCUGCUGCUGAUGGACAUUGGCCUGCAUCAUCAACUGAUUCAUUUGGGCCAUGUUGAUGGCAGCCUUACUGAGAGAUGCUGUCUCCAUCCUGCUUUCUCUACAGAAAAACCAAGUGCCCUUGGAAGAGGGUAAGAAAAAGUUUCAGACUUGGGCUACAAAGAAGAGGGACUUGAGUCUGGGGCUAGUACCUGAACCUUCAAGUGCCAGAAUGAGCAUCAUGCUGUUGGUAGUGGUGAUUUUUCUGCCAAGCAUGUACUGUGACUUGGCAUCAGACUAUUAUUCUUUCUAUGAAAUAAUCAUUCCCAAGAGGCUGACAGUUGAGGGAAGGGAUGACCCAGUGGACAAGGCAUCCUAUGCACUAUUUAUGCAGGGCCAGAGGCAGGUGAUUCACCUGAAGGUGAAGAAAGACUAUUUUGUGAGUAAUUUUCCAGUCUACAGCUACCACAAUGGGAUCCUCAGGCAGGAAAUGCCUUUUAUCUCACAUGACUGCCAUUAUGAAGGUUACAUAGAAGGAGUCCCAGGUUCUUUUGUUUCUGUCAACACCUGUUCAGGCCUCAAGGGCAUCCUGAUUAAGGAGGAAAAAUAUUACAGCGUUGAGCCUAUGAACUCUUCAAGGAGGUUCGAACAUGUGUUGUACACCACGGCACAACAAGCUCAAGUCUCCUGUAGCAUCACUUCCGAAGAGAGUCAAGGGGUGUCCAGCAACUUGCAACAAGGGAGCAAGAAGCCUGGUAAAGCACAGACUCUGUCCUACUUGUGGUCACACACCAAAUAUGUGGAGAUGUUUGUUGUGGUCAACAGCCAGCGGUUCCAAAUGUGGGGCAGUAACAUCAAUGAGACAAUCCAGGGAGUAAUGGACAUCAUUGCUCUGGCCAACAGCUUCACUAGGGCAAUAAACACAGAGGUGGUGCUGGUUGGCAUGGAGAUUUGGACCGAGGGGGACCUAACCGAAGUCACCGUGGAUUUGGAAGCUGCACUCAGCAAUUUCAAUAGCUGGAGACAAAAGAAGUUUCUCAAUCGUGUGAAGUAUGAUGUUGCCCACAUGAUCGUUGGGCAUCAUCCCAGAGAGAAUAUGGGACAGGCAUUUCUCGGUGGUGCCUGUUCAAGUGGUUUUGCUGCAGCUGUUGAAUCCUUCCACCAUAAAGAUGUCCUCCUGUUUGCAGCACUCAUGGUCCACGAGCUUGGGCACAACUUGGGUAUUCAGCAUGACCACUUGGCCUGCAUUUGUAAAGAUAAACACUUUUGCCUCAUGCAUCAAAAUAUCACUAAAGAAAGUUUCUUCAGCAACUGCAGCUCUGACUACUUCUACCAGUUCCUCCAUGAACACAAAGGGGCCUGCCUAUUUAACAAGCCACGGCACACAGGCCGCAAACGCAGAGCUGCCAACUGUGGAGAUGGUGUGGUGGAGGAAACGGAGGAGUGUGACUGUGGUGCUGCCUGUGGCAAUCAUCCGUGCUGUGACACAACAUGUAAACUGAAGAAAGAAGCAGAAUGUAGUCAAGAACUCUGUUGCACUAUGUGCAAAUUAAGCAAAAAGGGACAUUUGUGUCGCCCUGCUCUGGAUGAGUGUGACCUCCCAGAGUACUGCAACGGUACCUCCAAACAAUGUCCCGCAGACAGCUACCUGCAAGAUGGCACAAACUGUGAAGGAAAUUACUAUUGCGUUGGGGGUCGCUGUAGGAGUCCUGAUGAACAAUGUAAAGAACUUUUUGGGCCUGAAGCAACUUCUGCCCCACAAGAUUGUUACACUUCAUUCAAUCAGAAAGGAGACCGGUUUGGAAACUGUGGUCGUUCCAGCACAAAUGGCGGAACCUAUGUUAGGUGCAGAGAUGAUAAUAAAUUGUGUGGGAAACUUGUAUGUUCAGGUGUUAGAAUUUUACCAGAAAUCAAACUCCAACAUACAUUGAUCCAGGUCUCUAGAGAAACUGAUGAGUGCUGGAGCAUGGAUGCCUCUGGAAGUCCUGAUAACCCUAAAGAUGGAGAUGUGACAUUUGGCACUUACUGUGCCCCCCAAAAAAUCUGCACGAAUUAUUCCUGCACCGAUGACAUCAUGCUCAACUACGACUGCAAACCAGCUGAAAUGUGUAACGGGAAAGGCGUUUGCAACAAUUUAAAGCACUGCCAUUGUGAGGCUGGGUUUGCUCCCCCUGACUGCAAAAAAGAAGGAGAUGGUGGUAGUGUUGACAGUGGAACCCCUGGCAAACAAACAGAAGACAAACAAACACAAGAAGGUGACAAGAACAAACCUAAAGAAAAUGAAGAAGCCAUUGCAAGGUCAUUACUCGCACUAUUCUUACUGUUUAUUAUAGCACUGUUAAUACUAUGCAUUACAUGUGCUGUCUUCCAAGGUAAGCCAGCUGCUAAACCAGCAGAAGCUCCUCCAGUGAUCCCAGGAGAGGCUGUGCCAGAAGAGGCUGCAGCACCGGAAGGGCCAGAAGAGGAAUUAGUAGAAGAAGGAGAGGAAGAAGAAGAGGAAGAACUUGAGUAA